CAAGGAAUGUUUGCUUUUGGGAGGACUUUUUUGUUCCUGGGCUUUUUGGUGGACUGAGGACUCAUUGAAGUUGGUGGAAAGGGAGUUUCUUUCCAACUAUAAAAGAGAUGCCAUGAAAUCCGAGGCAGGAAUUGAAUGGAUUUGUGGCAUCGUGGAACGCUACAUAUUACAAGGAGGCCAUGUUAGUCAAGAGUUAAGAAGCAUGUGUUCUUUUGGAGUUCACCGUCGGGCUUCUUUCCUAAAAUAAACUUGGGAUGAUAAUCGGUGAUCAGCAUUCAACACUUCAGGAUCUGGUUUUCCUAAACGGGACGAGGAUUUCGAGUUGCAAUCGAGAGCGCACUCUUUCACUCGGGAAUCUGGUGCCAACUCUCCGAAACAUUUGCCUAAAGCCAUGUUUUUGAUCUGGGUCGAAUCCCACUCCAUCCCACAGCCCACCCACACGCAAGUUGACCCGAUGAUAAUAGCAUAUUACGGUGUUGUGUAGUGUAGAGGCCACGAGUCUAGUCAGGUCAAACCAACCGCUGAGGCUUCUUUCGGCGGUUUCCACGCGUUUUGGUUCGGUUGAGUGCAAGUGAUGUUCGCUCAGUUGGGGAGGGCAGGCAGGCAGAAGAGUGACUGGCUGAACUACGAACAACUACUGGCCCAGGUGCCUAUUUUCUCGAGGUUUUAUGUGUCGUGUUACGAACGCCAUUUUGUCUUUGUCUGCAGAACUCGCUGCAUUGCUGCUGCUGCUGCUUCUGUAGGGCACUUGCUGCUGAUUUUUGCUUCAGUGAGUGAAGCUUUCACUGUGCUCCCUCCCUCUGUCCUGUUGAGCCCUUCCUUCUGCGUGUCUACCCACCUGACUGCCUGCCAGUCAUCUGAUCGGUGCCACGAGCGCCAGCAGCAGAAGGUGGAUUCUCUGCACUCGUCAAUAACUCACAGGAGAAAUGCUGGAAGAGAAGUUGCAGAAGUGGGAGUGAGAGGGAGCGGAAGAUAUCGGAUAGAUUGGAAUCAGGACAAUAGGAGCUGUGCGGGUGGUGUAGCGAAGUUGGGUGUAUAGAUUGGUGCAUCUUUGUCGCCGUUGCCGCUGUUGGCACUGAGGGAGUGAGCGCAGUUGGGGCGAUUUCAUCGGCGUUGGCGUCGCUCCGGACAGAUAGAGACCGUGCGCGGGGGUUGGCGAUAUUCUGUACAGUUUUGAGGCAAGGAUAGAGAGACAGGAGAUUGAUUGCGAAAAGAGGUCAAGAGAUUUUAUGUCUGGUUGGGACACAGAAGACAAGUAUGAAUGGUGGGAUGAAGUUGUGAGGGCGAAUUUGGGGGAGGGAAGCUUUAGUAGGGGAAGGAAGUGUAUGCUGGAGCAGCAGCAGGCAGAGGAGGUGGAAUUUGAUCUGUUGAAAGGAAGGGUGGCCGUGGAGGAGGAGGCGGGUAACUGAUGCACUAAGGUGUUUUGUCGGAGUGGAAGUUAGCUAUGGCUGGAGAUGAGGGCUUCAGGGAGACUGUACAACCAGCGCAGCAGCAGACUGAAGAGCGACUGCAGGAGCUGCGAAAGUUGUUGAAUAAACAGGAUGGCGAUGCCUUGAGAAUUGUGGGAGUUGGUGCAGGUGCUUGGGGAAGUGUGUUCAUUGCCAUGCUGCAGGAUGCUUACGGGCAUAUGCGCGAUUCAGUCCAGGUACGCAUAUGGCGUCGAGGGGGAAAAGCAGUCGAUCGCGCCUCAGCGAAGCAUCUUUUCGAAGUAAUUAACUCGCGGGAGGAUGUUCUUCGACGACUGAUUCGAAAGUGCGCGUAUCUGAAGUAUGUAGAGGGCCGUCUAGGUGAUCGGACCUUAUACGCAGAUGAAAUUUUGAGGGACGGCUUUUGUGUCAACAUGCUGGACACUCCCCUCUGUCCACUAAAAGUUGUCACGAAUCUCGAGGAGGCAGUUUGGGAUGCUGACAUCGUCGUGAACGGUCUUCCAUCCACGGAGACGCGCGCGGUUUUUGAGCAAAUUGGACGUUAUUGGCGAGAGAGGCGAACAAUGCCUCUGAUCAUAUCGCUGGCGAAGGGUGUGGAGGCAUCAAUCAAACCUGUACCACACAUUGUGACGCCCACGAAAAUGAUCUUGGACUCAACUGGUGUUCCCAUCGAACAAGUUCUUUACCUCGGAGGCCCAAACAUCGCUGCAGAAGUAUACAACAAGGAGUAUGCUAACGCCAGAAUAUGUGGUUCCGAAAAGUGGAGAAAACCGUUGGCACGAUUUCUGCGACAGCCGCAUUUUAUUGUUUGGGACAAUUCUGAUCUGGUUACCCACGAAGUUAUGGGAGGUCUUAAAAAUGUGUACGCCAUCGGAGCUGGCAUGGUUGCUGAGUUGACAAACGAGAGUGCCACGAGCAAGUCCGUAUAUUUUGCUUUGUGUACCUCAGAAAUGAUCUACAUCACCCACUUACUUUCCGAGGAACCAGAAAGGUUAGCGGGUCCUUUACUUGCCGACACAUAUGUCACUCUUCUCAAAGGUCGUAAUGCUUGGUAUGGACACCAGCUGGCCACGGGUGAACUCACACCUGACAUGGGUGAUAGUAUCAAAGGAAAGGGUAUGAUACAGGGAGUUUCAGCUGUAGAAGCAUUUCAUGAAUUAUUGCGGCAACCCAGUUUGAGUGUCAUCCAUCCUGAACUCAAUAAGCCCGUUGCUCCCGUUGAGCUCUGCCCGAUCUUGCAAACUCUGUACAAAAUACUGAUUCAAAGGGACCUUCAGCCAGAAGGUAUAUUGCAGGCCCUGAGAGAUGAGAACAUGUAUGAUCCUCGUCAACGAAUUGAAAUUGCACAAGACAAGGCAUAUUACAUGCCACAGCUUUUAUCUAUCCCAAACAAGACAAGGUCGUCCACUCCUGGUAGACAUGUUGUUGGUAAUGGUUUAGUGAGGAUGAUGGAAACGCCUUCAACAACAGUAGAGGUGUGAGCCUUAACAAUCUCCAGGUGUAAGGCAUUAGUUAAAUACCUCUACUGGCUUUGUUUGGAAUCAACGUAGACUGCCUGAGUGCUGCGGCUUUUUCACACCACUAAAUGUUUCUCAAGUGUGACUACCAAGACUGCCAUGACUUGAGUCCUCAAAAUCUGAUCGACAGACGGUUAAACAUUUAGUAAUCCUUAGUGACCAAGAUCUUACUCACCUGCUAAUUAUUUUAUCACCAGAAGCCCCAAGGAUUAAAGGAAAUACAUGCACGGAGAGAUUUUACAGCUGUUAGAAGAGCCCCCUAGAUUAGCAACCGAAUGUAAUAUUUUUGACUGUAAACCGCCUAGUAGAUGCCAAGCAAGCUUCUCAGCAGACAAAUCUCUAGCCGCGCCGGGGUACGCCAAUUCUCGUAGAGAAAGACUACAUUCUUGUUCUAACUUGGACGAGUAAAUCUUUAUAUUUCCGGUGUAGGAUAUGGACUGCUCUAACCUUUCAUUAUGAUUUACCUGCUCUUUGCAAUGCUACCUGCAAGCUCCAGAAUACGGCAAGCAGAAAUUGUUGUAUUAGGAUAUUUAUCACAC